AUGGCGAAUCUCGCUAACACUAUGGAAGCUAAUUCUGCUGUGAAUCUGCAAGCUGUGCAGAGAUUAGGCCAACCGGCUGGGAAUAAAAACCGAAAUGGUGAGAGAAUGCUAAUGAUAAUACUGAGGGAAACGACGGCCUUUUAUAAGAAGUAUUUCCCCGACUCUGCAAGGGAAGCGAAGGAGAUAGAACUGAUGCAGUUGAAGCAAGGUUCCUUAUCUGUAGCGGACUACACCAACAAAUUUGAGGAGCUUUGUAGAUUUUCUAUGGUAUGUCAGGGUGCCCCGGAGACCUACAAGGGCUGGAAGUGCAUUAAUUACCAGAGGGGUAUAAAAGAUAGCAUUAUGACUGCUGUGGCGCCUAUGGAAAUCCGUGUCUUCUCCAACUUGGUGAACAAGGCGAGAGUGGUGGAAGAGUACGCCAAGACAGUAGCUUCGUCCAAGGAAACUCAUGGAGGGAGUUCUAGUCGGGGGCGUGGCAAGUAUUUUCAUCCGAAGGGUCAUAGCUUCAAAAGAGGAGGAUAUGCGCCUCAAGGUCAAGGAGGCUUCAGGAAGAACACUCAGACUCAGUUUCAGUACGCUAAGGGGAGAGGAAAUCAGAGUAAGGAUUCUCCGAAUUUGACUUGCGUACAUUGUGGGCGUUUCCAUCCUUGUAACUCAUGCAAGAUUGGUUUAGGUGGUUGCUUCAAUUGUGGGUUUUCUGGCCACAUUGCGAGGGAUUGUACUCGUGGGAGGAAUCAGAAUGCGGGCCAGAGUCAGCAUCAAGGUCGAGUCUUUACUGUAAAUGCCAAGGAUGCUUCCAAGGCGGAUCCGUUGAUGAGAGGUAUUUGUUUAAUUGGGGAUAAGACUUUAAUUGCAUUAUAUGAUACUGGGACUUUGCAUUCGUUUAUUUUGUUUGCUAAAGUCGAGGAACUAGGUUUGAAAGUAUCAGAGUUACCUUUUGACUUGCAUGUACAUACUCCGCAUCAGACGGUUAUAUCUAGGUCAGGGUGUAGGCAAGUAGGUUUCAAGCUUGAGGGUAGAGAUUUUGUGCAUGACUUGAUCUGUUUACCAAUGGUUGGGUUGGAGAUGAUUUUGGGGUUUGAUUAG